UUGACCAUGCAGCACCUGAACUCAACUGAAACAAACAGCUCAUUCACUUCUCCAGUCCCAACUGAAUACCUGAUUGCCAGUAGUGUGAUGGCAGUUUGCUUCAUACUGGGAGUCCCUGCAAACAUAACAGUAAUAGUACGUCUUACUGGAUGGCUAAAAGGAGGCAGUUUUACCCCGAGACUGAUGCUAAGCCUGGCUAUAUCAGAUCUGCUCUCUCUGCUUUCUAUGCCAGUUUGGAUUUGGGCUGCUCUGCAUGGCUGGGACUUUAAUUUGGUACUGUGUAAGGGUCUUGCUUAUUUGGUGUACUUUAGCCUCCACUGCAGCUUACUGUGUGUGAUGUUGAUGAGUGUCCAGCGAUACAUGCAAGUGCUGCAUCCUGAGAAAUGGAACAAGCUUGGCAGGAAAGGACAGACGAUCCUCCUCAGUGGGGUGUGGAUGUUAAGUGGAAUAUUAUCAUCUUAUGCUCUUUUACAUCGGACCAUAGAAAAAGACAGAAAAGGAAUGAUUCAAUGCAUGCGUGGUCGCAAUAAUGCUGAAAGAGUGGCUACUUCAAUCUGGGAGAUUAUACUGUUUGUGGUUUUGUUCCCCACACUGACUUACCUUUACAUUCAUCUUUACCGGGGAGUUAAUAACUCGGCUUUCUUCAGCAGUCGCCCAUUGACAAAGCUUGUGACUAGAAUUGUCACUUGUUUUAUUCUUUUUUGGAUCCCAUUACAAAUCUCCAACAUUGUGAUCAUUGCUGCUGUGCUGCUUGGGAAUGACAGUCUGUUAAAAUCUGCAGUAGCUGGUGACAGUGUUACUUCAGUUAUGACUUUGAUUAACAGUUGUGCGAACCCAUUUCUGUAUGCCUUCUCUGCUCGGGCUCUGCAGAAGCAAACAGCUGGAAUACAAAAUGCUUAG